UGAAAUGCUUGGAUUGGAUAAGUUUGCUGUGAGAGAAAAUCAAUUUUCUUGAUAAUCAAAGUGAAUGCAACGUUUAUUUUCCGUUAAUUAACGCAUUUUCAGUGUGUAAACUGAUCAAGUAGUGAUAAAUAGUGAAUUAAAAGUGUAAAUAUAAAAAUUGAUAGUGCAAGUUGUCAUGGCGGCCAAAGCAUCGACCAAUAGGAACGCUCGAUGCUUCGGUCGUUAGGUGUUCUUUUUCGCUUUGGGAUCGCGUCAUCCGAGAAAUUCGUAUGCUCCCAAUGAGAGAAUUGAUUUGUUAAUGAAGGUUGAAAGGAGUGAUUUUUUCGCUGAAUUAGUGUGAAAAGGCGCUCAGAAUGCGUUUUCCGUUGUUUGACACGUGACGUAGCCGAUUAGUAAAUGGCGAAAAGAUCGGGCAACGACCAUGAAUCGUUUUGCAAGUAAGUUUUGACAUUCGCAUUGUAUACAAGUUUGUUUUUGUAAUCUACCACGUGCAUUGUAACAACUGAUUGACAGUUUAUAAACAGAAUGUCAUCAAGAGGUCUAAAAAAGCGGGGUCGACCCCCUAAAGUCCAGGUCGCUGAGAGAACUAAGAAAUUUCAAUAUCACUUACUUAAAAAGCCAAAAUAUUUAUUAAAUUUAAAUAAAAGUGGUUUGGAUUCUCAAUCGAGUACACCAAAUGUAUCAAGAGGAUCUUCUCCUCAUGAGAGUGAAUCCAGUCGAAGAAGUAGCAAUCGAAUAAGGGGUAAGGAUGGACAUCGCGCUGGUAAAAGAGCUGGAUAUUCCGGAUCUGCAUACCAAAGAAGGGGAUACAAUACAUCGGGUGUUGAAUAUCACGAUUCUGAGUAUCAUUAUGGCUCAGAUUUUGGUGAUGAUUCUAGUGAUAACAACAAAAGUGAGAUUGAGGACGAGCUUGGAGGAGUUAGUGAGUCUGAUUCUGAAGAGUCAGUAGUUGGUGGUGGUGAAGCCAGUAGUGAUAGUGACUUUUCCUUAAGUAGUUAUAGUACAAUGAGUGGCACUCCAAGAAAAGAUUUAAAAUCUAUACAAAGGCCCCCAACACCAGAACCAUUAUGGUUGCAAAAUAAAGAUAUUCCCACAUUAAACCUUCCAAAAUCAUCAGAUGAUUUAAUAGUACCCAAAGAGAAAAUCAUGGAAGUACUUAGCAUAUAUGAGGUUCUUAGGCAUUUUAGAAAUCUUGUGAGAUUAUCGCCGUUUAGAAUAGAAGAUUUUUGUGCAGCCAUUAUGAGUGAAGAUCAGAGUAGUUUACUAGCAGAAAUCCAUAUAAUGCUGCUAAAAGCAUUACUGAGAGAAGAGGAUUCACAACAAACCCAUUUUGGUCCACUUGAUCAAAAAGAUAGUGUUAAUAUAUCCCUUUAUUUAAUUGAUUUUGUUACCUAUCCAGAAGUUUUAAGGUUGUAUGUGGAAAGCGACAAGAAUUUUGAUCAGAAAGUACUAAAUGUUUUACACACAACCGACUACCCUUUCUGUUCACUAGAAGAGAGGGUUACAGUUUUACAGUUUUUAACUGAUCAAUUUCUCACCACAAAUCCUGUCAGGGAGGAUUUAUUAAGUGAAGUCCCCAUGCACUAUGACGACCACUGCAGAGUGUGUCACAAACUCGGCGAUCUGCUGUGCUGUGAAACGUGCCCUGCGGUAUAUCAUUUGGAGUGCGUCGAUCCUCCGUUGGUGGACGUACCGGUGGAAGACUGGCAAUGCGGAAUCUGCCGAUCGCACAAGGUUUCCGGCGUGGUGGACUGCGUCCUGGACAUCGAGAAACAAGGACAACUGUCGAGACAGGAGCACAUCGGAUGCGAUCGCCAUGGAAGGAAGUACUAUUUUCUUUGCAGAAGGAUUUUUGUAGAAAACGAUGAGGGUGAAACCUGGUACUAUUCAACAACAACUCAACUGGAGGAACUCUUAAAACGCUUGGACGCAAACGACAUGGAGUCGGCUCUGUGCAGAGAAUUGCAAGACAUCAAAGACGAAUUGUCCCGGCAAAUGGAGCUUACCGAAAAACUGACAAAUCAGCUGAAAGGCAACAAGAAAACCUACAUAGACGCCGAGAAUACGGCCAUCCUGAAAUCCAUUAGAGAAAUGGAAGAGCAAGUCGAGGAAGAAAGGAAAGAGAGGAAUAGGCAGAAUGCCGAGGAUAUGGUGGCGAAAAUGCACGAAGAAUUCACGGAUAGUUUGUCGGGGGAUAGUACUUUAGUGGAGAAUACCGAAACAGUAACGACAACUACUGUGGAAACAAAAACCACUGCCAGCGAGAAUAGCGUUACAGAAACAGUAACUACCACUAGCAGUACUGUUACCAGUGUAACUAAAAGUUUUGAUGGUUCAAAUGAAGACGAUGUAGCAGCAAGAAACAAAAGUGGCGUUUUAACACCAAAAAUUAUCUCGAAGAUUAACGAAGACGAUGCGUCCAGAAUGACGCGACUCAAGUCCAACCAAAUAGCCAACGGUACGUACCUCUACAAACUGGGUAUGGAAAACUCCUUCAAGGCUUACGUUAAUCAAUUCACCACGAACGUAAUCGCAUUGAACAAGCCGCAGAGAAACGAGGAACGCGACAAGAAACGGCAUCUGUCCCAUAAAUUCUCUUUGACGCAAGCGUCGGAGUUUAAGUGGAUGGGCGCGUUGAGCGGCAGCAAAACUUUGCUCACCAACACGUUAAGACACACGAUUUUGCAGCUCGAGCAGGCGAUACCGUCGCCUUUUAUGCACACCAACUGGAAUUUGCUGCGGAAGCAUUGGUUGUCGAUUGUGGCAAGCUGUCAGCAGCCUGCCGAUUUCGCCAAAGUCCUCAUAGUGCUGCAGGCCUGCAUUAAACCCGUUGUUUUUGCGAAUGUGUGGCACGAGCAGUUGGGUUACUUGAAAUUGGCGAGGGUGACUGCCAAUGAACGCGAAGAAAGGAAGAAAAUCGAAAAGAGAGAAAAGAAAGAACGCGACGAGGAGGAGGAGAGGAAUCGUAUGAUUAUCACGGGCUAUGUUAAAUACACGAUGGGCUUUAAACAUCAACUGUGGAAGCAAAAGGGUGAAGAGUACAGAAUACACGGUAGAUGGGGCUGGCUGUGGAUUAGAACGCCGCGUAAUUUUAGACACGUUGAUUCUAGGAAGUUAGGGUUCAAAUCAAAUUUGCAAAAGAUUGUGGUACAAGUACAAGACGAAAACGGUAAAAAGAUUUUGGCUUUGGAACCUCAAAUGCACAAAUUCCUCACUAACAGCGAAAGCAGUAAGGAUGAAGAAUUACCUGAGGUUCUUAAAAACCUCAAAGUUUUACCCAAUCCCAAUGAUUUUGAAGAUUUAGACAUAAGCAAAGCUUUAACCACCCCUAACAGAAUACUUUACCCAAAAGUAGCAAAAAAAUCAAAACUGGACGGACUUUUGCAACGCCGCGUGCAGCUUAAAGUUCUAGAGGAGCGCAAAAUCGCGCAAUGCAAGGACGAAGCCAAAGAGGAAGAAACGGUAGACGUCGACGCGAUUGACGAAAACUCCAACGAAGGUCUUGACAAGCAACUAACCAACAUGCUGAGCGGCAAAGUCGUACUACCAAACAACAACUCGCAGACCACGACAACGACAGCAACGCACAAAGAAGCGCUGAACACGAUCGCAAAGAAAAUUCACUCGCUAAGGACUCAAUACACUUCAAUCUCAAAACUGGCGAAGGACUUUCAGUGCUAUUCAAAAGGUUGCAACUCGAGCUCAAGCACGAAUAUCGAGUCGAAUUGUUAUUCGCCUUUGUGCAUUCAAAGAAUCAAAGUAAGGAAGGAGUUGCUGACUCUUCUCAGGAAGGCCAAUCUUGCCACCAACGCCUCACCAGGACUAAAAUUGCCCACAAUUACCACAACGCCAGUAAAGAAUACAUCAAUUUUGGAACAAACUUUGAAAGCAGCCCCUCAACAACCAAUUGCAGCUGCACCCAUUCAACCCAAGAGAGAACUUACAAGCGCGGAAAUGUGCAAAGGGUUGGUUGAAGCUUUAAGUCAAGCCAAGUCCGACGACGAAGUCUACAUACCAAACAAGGGUACGCCGCCGAAAAUACGUCAAAACUACGUCAAAAUCGAGACGGUCAAAGAGGAAGUCAAAAGCGAUUCCGAGGAGAUAAUCGUGGAUUCGCCGGUUAAGAAGAAGAGAAAAUUUGAGGACCAAGAGGGAAGUUUGACGCCGGACGCGAUUAACGAAAUGAUAGUUGGCGCCAAUUCUAAACCGGAAAGCGUGACGGUCACCACAACAACCACGACCACCGUGACGAGCUCUCAAACCACCGUGGAUGGCGUGGUGAAGUCGAUGUCGGGUAGCGAAAACACAACCGAUUCUCUAACGAUAUCGACAAGCGUCAAUGGUACAGGUAAAACGAUACAAACAUUAAACGCUAAAUCGUCGGCUUAUAGUGCGCAGCAGAACCGUCGGUUCUGCGCAUUCAAAAUCGGUGUGAAACGCGAGGAGAAAACGGUUAAAACUGAAACCGCCGAAGACGGUACUGAAAGAGUGUAUUCCACAAUGGCGACGGAAGGAAAAAUAAUGCUUAAAAAGAUCCCAAAUAUCGAUCCUAAACGCAAGAAACGCCCCAUCGUUAAAUACCCGGCGUGUUCGACGUUCCAGACGAAAAACGGCGGUACCACAUUAUUAAUUCUGUCAAAACACGAAAUGCGUAAGCUCGCUAGAAACGCCGGUAGAAUACAGGCUGCAGGUUUCCACGCCUUAGCGAAACCCAACAACAGCGUAUGGCCGUACCCGUGCGCCAGACCUCUGUUCAAAACUUGCUGGGUCUACAGGACGGUCAAUCUAAAGUCGCUCUCGGCGGCAGCUUUGCAACUAAAAAUCCUCUGGGUGUGCCUGCGUUGGGACGAUAUGCAAGCCAAACCUCUAUCCACCGACGGAAAACAUCAAAUAACCACAGAAACGGAGAUUCUUUCGUUGGAGCUUCUCGAGCACCGACACGGCGGCCAGUUCAUGGAAAAGACUCAGUACCUUAGAAGAAAAGUAGUUAUACCUCUGGAACUGCCGAAAACCGUCAGGGAAGUCACUUCGAUUCGAAGCGGUUUGAGGAAAAGAAAACGGCCAGAAUCGCCGCAAUCUAUGGAUCCCCAGGUUAGCGAAGAAUGGGUCGAUGAGGAUAAGCUGGAGCUAUGGGAAAUCAAGCAGUAUGGCGAAAAGAUUGAAAGGGCUAAUGCACAAGUUAUAACUAGGAGCAGGACGGGCAACCUGCCGCCGGCCCGGCCGGCGAUCGAAGUCCCCGACGCCAACAAGAUCACCCUCGGCGGCAAGGCGACCGCCGAGGAGAUCAAGGAGAAGAUGGAGCAGCAGCUGCGAUUGCAGCGGGCCGCGCACCAGCAGAAGCGCGCAAUGGAGAUCAAGAACGCGCGCGGACAGGUCAUCGAGAUGGUCGGCAGCACUGCGCAAGCUACAACAUCUACUACCACAAAACCAACAACAACUAAUACUCCAAUUCAACCAAAAGUAACUACUACAACUGACGGCUUAAAAAUAAUCAAAAACGUCGUCGGUCCAAAUCAAUCGGUGAUCAGCGGCAAAAACACAUUGACUUCCUUACUGACGUCGAACAGUAACAAACUUGCUGGUAGAAGGAUACUAAUGACGAAGGCGCCCGACGGCACAACUCGCGUGAUAACCGGCGCUACCAACAUUAUACAGAAAAAUUUGCCGGGUAGUCAGCAGAGUCUUAUCAAGGUGCAAACCACUGGAGGACAGCAGAUACAAAUCCAGCAAGGAGCAGUUACAACACAAACUUCAACUCCAAACACGCCGAUCAAAGACACGCCGCAGCGCGUUCAAAUAAUGCGCACACCGGACGGGCGCAUCACCGUCAAAGGUCUCAUGCCCGGCCAACAGCUCGUGCAAUUUCCCGACGGCAAGCUGCAGGUGAUGACCACGCAACAAAUCCAACAAUCAGGUCUCACAACAAAAGCGGCGCCCGUCGCCUCGCUAAACAACUCAUUACCACCCAACCCAACAUCGACAGUCACCACCACCCCAUCGUCAACACCAAUGAAAACCAUCACGAUCAAACAGACGGUCACACCAGGUGGCAAAAGUAUUAUUCAGCAGCCCCAGCAGCAAAUAAUCAAGCAGCAAAUCGUCCAGCAGCAGCAGAGUCCCGUUAAAGGUCAGCAAGUUAUUAAACAGGCUACUGGGCAAGUGGUCCAGAAGAUGACGCCCACUAGUAUUGUGGUUAGUGGUGGGCAGGUGGUCCAACAGCAAGUCGUGCUGAGCGGUAACCAGGUUAUUGCUUCUCCAGCCCAACAACAGGUGAUCACAAAUCAAAUCGUCGUGAACAGCCAAAGUUUGGCACAGCAAAUAGCAUCUGGCAAGGUGCAGGUGGCGACGAUAAACGGACAGCAAGUUCUGAUACGCCCGACAGGCAACAAUCAGGCGCAAGUGGUGGCGCAGCUCACGCAAGCGGUGCAACAGCAACCCGUCGUUGCGCAGCAGCAGCAGCAGCAAACCGUGCAAUCGCCCGUCGUCAAGGCGCAGUCGAAACCCGAGGGGGGUGCGUUGCAGCAGGCGUUGGCGGCGCCGGCCAAAACCGCGCAACCCUCCGCCGCCUCCGAUCCCAAUCAGAUAGAUCCGGCAACCAUGGAACAGCUGCUCAUCGGUCAGCCGGCCGGCACUGUUAUUAAGUGCGUUACUGCGCAGGUCAUUCAGACGCAGCAGGGCCCGAGGAUCGUGCUGCAGGGACUUCAGGGUGCCGAUUUCACGCAGCAACAGUUGGCCGCCGUGCAACAGCAAGUCAAACAGCAACUACUUAAAGCCCAAGCAUCGACCGGUAAGCAGGGAGUGCUAGGCCCCACCAAGAUCUACCUGGCCGUGCAACCGAACAGCGGCGAAGGCGGCACCGUCGAUCUGACUUUGAACUCGAACCCGCCCCCGCUCGCUCCCGUUCAACAGACGACCACCAAGGUGGUCGCGACGCCCAGCCCCGUCAAGCCGCAGCAGCAGCAGCAGCCUCAACCGACGAUACAGCAGUCGGGGCAGGUGGUGAGUUCGAGCGGUCGUCAGGUGGUGGUGAACGGCCAGCAGAGCCAGACGUCGGCCCUCCUGCAGGCCAUGAAAGUCAACAUGGACACCAGCCAGGGCGUUCAGACCGCGACGGCGGUGCAAACGUCGCAAUCCGCGCAGGCGCAGCAACAGCAGUCGGCCGGCGGCGCUGCGGACCAGAACAAACAGUUCGUUGUCACGCCGGACUAUAUCCAGCAAACAAUCAAAACGGCGCUAAAACAAGAGAACUUGAAUCCGGAGAUUGAAGAGAAACUGCUGAACCUGCAGCGAUACCAAGAGCGGCAGAUGAAGCAGGAACCCGAGCCGACACCGGCGCCGAAAAUUAUAAUUGGCGGUGGUGCCUCGAUUAUAAGCGGCGCGCGCCUCGGCGCCGUGCGCAAACGAGCGCCCAACGAUGACUCCGAUUGGGUGAUGGAGACGCCGAAAAGGAGCCGACCUAGCAGAAGCGGCGAAAUCCGAAAACCCCCCAUUGAGAUGGAAGUCCAUCAUGAACAAAUAAAAGAAAAACUGAUACCAAGUAGGCCGAAAAUCGUGAUUCGUAAAGAACCGGAACAAGACAAAAAGGUGACGAUAAAAGCAAAAAUAAUGGUCAGCUUGUACAGGCAAAAGGAGAUUUUAAAAAAGGAUAUUCUCAAAAAGCGGGCUUUAUUGGAAAGAGAAUUACAGUCUGAAAUACAGAGAGAAGUUGCGGAAGAGCUGGCGGCACGCACAAAGUUGGAGCGCAGCAAGCAAGACGAAGUGCGCACCGGCAGCGGCCGUCGAAAAUCUGCCGCGACGGCGGCCACGACCGUUGCGACGCAGGCCGCCAAAACGGCGCAGCGUCACAAGCCGAUGCGAAAGGGCGUGGGGGCGUCGCCGCCCUCUGCGCAACCUCCGACUCCCGGACGCGGCAACCUGAAAAAAGAGAAACUCUACUGCAUCUGUCGGACGCCCUACGACGAGACGAAGUUCUACGUCGGCUGCGAUCUGUGCAACAAUUGGUUCCACGGCGACUGCGUCAGCAUCACGGAGGAGAGCAGCAAAUCCUUGACGGAGUUCGUUUGCAACGAGUGUCGCACGGCGAGAGACACGCACAAGUUGUAUUGCCUUUGCCAGCAGCCAUAUGAUGACUCGCAAUUUUACAUUUGUUGCGACCGAUGUCAAGACUGGUUCCAUGGCCGAUGCGUCGGCAUUUUGCAAUCGGAAGCGGACAACAUUGACGAGUACAUUUGUCCCAGGUGUCAGCGUAACAAUUCAGUGAAUUUCGCCAACAUGAAGGAUCUAGCUCAAAAGGACUUUGAAGGGCUUAAAAAGCUCAUAAAACAAUUACAGGCUCAUAAGAGUGCUUGGCCUUUUAUGGAACCUGUAGAUCCCACAGAGGCGCCAGACUACUACAAAGUUAUUAAAGAACCAAUGGACUUGCAAAUGGUAGAAAACAAGAUAAAUGAGCAGUCUUAUACAAAACUAAGCGAAUUCAUCGGAGACAUGACGAAAAUAUUCGACAACUGUCGAUACUACAAUCCGAAAGAGUCGCCAUUCUUCAAAUGUGCUGAAUCGCUAGAGGCUUACUUCGUGAACAAGAUAAAGUGUUUACGAGACAAGCUGUUUGAAACUAAUAAGUGAGCAUAGCUAAAUGGAAGCUUUUAAGGAACAUAUAUUUUAAUAGGUUUUUAAGUUUUCACCGGGCUGAAAGCAGAUCUAAAACGAUCUCAACUUAUCAAAUAAUGGACAGUGUAAAGAUCUGUUUGAAGUCCAACCCCCCCCCUUGUACAUAUUUCUAACCAGUUGUGUAUAAUCUGUAUGAAUAUCAUUUUUCUUUUUUUUGAUAUAAAUAGUGUGACCAAUUCAGUUAUUUAUUGCUCCAGUAAUCUAAUAUUUAAAAUUGCAGACAUUUAUUGUAUAAUUUUCGUUAUAUUAAUAAAAUGGUUUUAAGUUUUUCAUGAUUUUCUGAUAAACAAAAAAAGUGUAGUAAUUUAUAUUAAUGUAAAAGCUAUAUUCAGUCUUAGGUAGUGCCAUUGUAGAUAUUCAUAGAUAUUGAUUAUAAUUUAACAGAGAAGAGUUUUCUUUUUUGUUUGCACAUACUUAAAUUUUUUAUAUUUCGUCGGUAGACAAUCUAUCGACAGUUUUAACUGGAA